AGCAGUAGCUGGUUGAAUAAAAGAUCUUACCUCAACUGCCUUGUCUCUCUAACAACCUGGGACCAACAUGGCUACAACACUACUGCAUACAAGGAUAUAUUCCUCAGUUACACCUACAGAAUUUGUGGUUGGAUGAAAUUCCAGAAACUGCCACUCUUGUAGUGUGGUCCACUGAGUGCCCAAUGGAAUUCUGAUGUCUUUUCUUUUUGGACAGAUGGGAGCAUUGGUCCUCAUGAGGGUCACACUGAUGAUUCUAGCCUAUAUAUUUAAAGUAAAUUAAGAUUGCAUAUGCGGUCUCUGCAGCACCAAACAUACACAGUGCAAUUGUAUACAAUCUAUGCAAAAUAUUGUAUCUUCAGCAAUCUUCAUUUUGUAGAGAAUAUUCAAGUAUGUCUUGUUUUGUUUCACUUACUUACAGGUAUCAGUAUUACCUACAAGUGAAAAAAGAUGUUCUUGAUGGUCGAUUACGUUCUUCAUUGGAUCAGGGGAUCCGGUUGGCUGGCUUAGCUGUGCAAGCGGAUUUUGGUGACUGUAAUCAGUUUGAAUCUCAUGAUUUCCUCCGCGAAUAUGUCCUGUUUCCUAUGGACUGGACUCAAGAUGAAGCAGUCCUGGAAGAUCUGACUCAAAAGGUAGCUCAGGAACAUAAAACUCACAGUGGCAUACCAGCAGCAGAAGCUGAACUUAUGUACAUCAGUGAAGUAGAACGCCUUGAAGGGUUUGGACAGGAAAGUUUCCCUGUGAAGGACAAUCAUGGAAAUGAUUUGCAUCUUGGCAUUUUCUUCAUGGGAAUCUUCAUAAAAAACAGAAUUGGAAGGCCAACAGUGAUAUACAGGUGGAAUGAUAUUGGAAAUAUAAUACAUAACAAGUCUUCAAUCAUUGUGGAGUUGAUCAACAAAGAAGAAACCGUGCUCUUUCACACAGAUGAUAUUGAAAAUGCAAAAUAUAUUUCACGGCUGUUUGCUGCAAGGCAUAAGUUUUACAAACACAAUAAAAUCUGCACAGAGCAAUCAAGUUCUCCUCCCCCUAUCCGACGACGGCCCACCUGGAGUAGGUCAUCCUUGCCAAGACAGCAUCCAUUUAUAAUGCCUCCUAUGCAUGUCCAGUGCGGAGAACACUACACUGAAACACACAACUCUCAAGACAGCAUUUUCCAUGGAAAUGAAGAAACAUUCUAUUGUAGAUCUCAGACCAGCUUGGACAGGUGUCCAGUGGACUUCAGCUACUUAAAUGGUAAUGGGCCAAAUGGCAGUAUGUGCAGCGCCCACAGCAUGAACUCCCUCAACCGUUCACAGAACUUUGUCCAGGCGUCUCCAAUGUCCUCCAAUCUCAGCAUCCCAGGAAGUGAUAUCAUGAGGGCAGACUAUAUCCCCAGCCAUAGACACAGUGCAAUCAUAGUGCCAUCCUACAGGCCAACACCAGACUAUGAAACUGUUAUGAGGCAAAUGAAGAGAGGGGUUAUUCACAUGGAUAGCCAAAGUCAGUCUUUAAGAAACCUCAAUAUUGGAAACACACAUGCAUACAACCAGCCAGAAGAUCUGGUUUACAGCCAACCUGAGAUUCGAGAGAGACAUCCCUAUACUGUUCCCUAUGGACCGCACGGCAGUUAUAACAAACCCGUUGCCCCAUCUGACCAAAUGAACCCUAAUAAUGCUGUGCAGAAUAAGACAGCAGCUAGUGCCAUAUCCCACACUGUUAGCACACCAGAACUAACUAACAUGCAGCUGCAGAGCAGUCAAAGCUAUAGUACUGCCCAUAUGUUAAAGAACUAUCUCUUUAGGCCACCACCUCCAUAUCCAUGUCCGCGUCCUGCCACCAGCACGCCUGACCUAGCAAGCCACCGUCAUAAAUAUGUCAGUGGCAGUAGCCCUGAUUUGGUUACUCGGAAGGUCCAGCUCUCAGUGAAGACAUUCCAAGAGGACAGCUUGCCCGUGGUUCAUCAGUCUCUCCAGGAGGUUAGUGAGCCCCUCCUGGCAGUCAAACAUCAUGCAGCUUUAAACAAGCGCCAUAGUUUGGAGGUCAUCAGCAACAUGGUACGUGGUAUAGAAGCUAUGGCAUUAAAGACUUUAAAUGCCCCUCUGCCACGUAGAAACACCUUGCGAGAGCAGGUGCAGCCAGGAGAGGCAAUGGAACAUGCGUUUCAGCAGCCCCCUUGUUACCAUCACAAGAAGACGUUAUCCACUGCCACAAUGCUGAUACACAGCAGUGAAAGCGAAGAGGAAGGAGAAGCUGCAGAGUCUGUGUCACAGAUAGCACCACUCCAUGAAAAUGUGGAAUAUAGUGCUCAGUUGCAAGCUGCUUUGGCUAGAAUACCAAACAAACCUCCUCCUGAGUAUCCUGGACCAAGGAAAAGUGUUAGCAAUGGAGCCCUGAGGCAGGACCAAGCAAGCAUUUCAGUGGCUGUAGCUAGGGCCAAGGCCAUGAGGCCAGGGCCUACCAAGGCCAUUAGUGUGUCUCGAACUGAUCAAAUGUCAAUAAACGGGUCCUCACUUGGACCCUCUAUCUCAGAGCCUGAUCUCACCAGUGUAAAAGAGAGGGUCAAGAAAGAACCAGUGAAGGAAAGGCCUGUGUCCGAAAUGUUUUCUAUCGAGGACAGCAUUAUAGAAAGAGAAAUGAUGAUGAGGAAUCUAGAGAAGCAGAAGAUGGCAGGCCUGGAGGCCCAGAAGAGGCCCUUGAUGUUGGCAGCAUUAAAUGGACUUUCAGUUGCUAGAGUUCCAGUGCCUGAGGAUAGCCAGGAUGAAGGAGCCAAGGUGCCAAUGGAUGAAAGGUGCAAAAUCUUGAAGAGGAAGUUGGAAGAGGGAAUGGUAUUCACCGAAUAUGAGCAAAUUCAAAAAAAAAAGGCAGAUGGGAUCUUCACCACUGCAGCAUUGCCUGAAAAUGCUGAGCGCAACCGCAUCAGGGAAGUUGUUCCUUAUGAGGAGAACAGAGUAGAACUGGUACCAACUAAAGAAAACAAUACAGGCUACAUAAAUGCCUCACACAUAAAGGUUACUGUAGGUGGAGAGGAAUGGCACUAUAUAGCCACACAAGGGCCUCUGUCACACACAUGCCAUGACUUCUGGCAGAUGGUGUGGGAACAGGGGGUGAAUGUGAUAGCCAUGGUCACAGCCGAAGAGGAAGGAGGAAGAAGCAAGAGUCAUCGCUACUGGCCUAAACUGGGCUCAAAGCACAGCUCGGCCACUUACGGGAAGUUUAAAGUGACAACAAAGUUCCGCACGGAUUCUGGUUGCUAUGCUACCACAGGGCUAAAGGUCAAGCAUCUUUUGUCUGGGCAGGAGAAGACAGUGUGGCACUUGCAAUAUACUGACUGGCCAGAUCAUGGCUGUCCAGAAGAAGUCCAAGGCUUUUUAUCCUAUUUGGAGGAGAUACAGUCAGUACGUCGCCAUACGAACAGUGUGUUAGAUGCUAGCAACAAUUGCAAUCCGCCAAUUGUAGUUCACUGCAGUGCAGGUGUGGGGAGGACAGGGGUGGUUAUUCUAACAGAACUGAUGAUUGGCUGCCUGGAGCAUAAUGAAAAAAUGGAUGUUCCAGUGAUGCUAAGACAGCUACGGGAGCAGCGAAUGUUUAUGAUUCAGACUAUCGCUCAGUACAAAUUUGUCUAUCGAGUGCUCAUCCAAUUCCUACAAAAUUCUAGACUUAUUUAAUCUCUUUAGAGGUCCCAGAUGCAGUAUUGUGGAUUUGGCCUAACCUAACUGGCAAGACAGACCUGUUCUUCGACAGCACGUCUUUUAUCAUGGUGUGCAAAUAUUGCACUUGCUUAAGUGGCCUCAAAAGUAAGAAGCCCUUGUUCUUCAAUAUAGAAUACCACAAAUUAUUUUGUACACCGUAAUUUAUUUUUUGUGGAAUAACUUUUGUAAAUUUCUUGAACUUGUAAAACUUGUGGUUACAUUUGAAUUGACAUGACUGAUUUUUAUUGUCGGGUAUCCAUAGGGAAGGUGAUCCUCUGAAAGGGUGUUCUGUAUUGUGUUAAAUGUUUUUUUUAAAUGAACAAUUCUUCAGACACUGGGGCUUUUUUUCCCCAAUAAGAACAUUUUAGAGACAGUUUUGUGGCUUUCAUCAUGAAAACAAGACCUGUUAAAAGUAAGUUAAGACUCUGUAAUGGGCCAAAACUGAUAAAUACAGAGAAAAUACAAUGCAGAGAAGCCAAUACAUGCAUCUGUAAAUGAAUGAAUGGAAGGAUGGAAGCAUUACGAAGUAAGGGGUAUUUCAGGGAGAGAUGUUGGGAGUGUGGCAGUAUCCUCUGCUUUGUAGUGGUUUCUGUCAUAUUCAGGUAUAAUGGGGGUGUUUUUAGUACCCCCACUAUACAGCAUUGCUGUAAUCAGGUGUGCAGAGAGCUUAGAUGUUCAAAAUUUGGCAAGAAUUUCCAUUGCAGCUUAGUGCUUGACAAGAAGCCAUAUUACAGCUUCAUGAUGUUUGCUAGUAUCACCAUCCUUUGAUCCCUUCCUAGAUAAAAAGCUGUAGUACUCUUGCCAGGGCCCAGAUCCCAACCACCUUUUAGUUAAUGGGAGCCUUUCCAUCA